CUAUUCCACCUUUUCCAGACUUGAGAUUUCUCGCCGGGUCUCAGACACUCAGUCUCCCUCUCUCGCUCGGUGCGUGUAAGCAAUGGCGACAUAUUGCCUACGGCUCGCUCUGAGUUGCAGAAAGAUAUCAGCCGUGGUGGUGAGGGCGGGGACAGAUUCCAUCGUGGCCAUGGCGGAUUCAAUGGAACCCGAGUUCCUACCUCAGUACAGGGCCAAUGAGAACCGGAUGCCACGCUGCAAAAGCUUCUGGGACGCAAAGGUCGCCUCCAAGGUCGGCGACAACUUGGGCAGCAGGCUCUCCGGGAUCAGCGUCUCCCACGUGGAGGUGGACGCGGACGAGGAGGCAUCCCGCCCCCUGCAUUACCGAAGGAACGUUGCCCCCUUCUUCGAUUCCUUGCAGAGGAGGGGGAUUCGCGUCCAUGGAUUGCAGUGCUCACCACCGGAAACGGCGACGACGACGACGACGACGGUUAAUCGGGAAAAAUUCGAAUCAUAAGGUGAUGGCUGGUCUGGGAAGGGGAAAAGGAAACAGUAUGUCCAUGUUGCGUUUCGUAAACCCUAGGUUUCCUUUCUCCCUCGUUGCAGAACCAGCCGUGUUUAAAUUUGCUACUCCAGUUAGAAAACUUACAGGAAACUCAAAUAUUUUCAUUCUUUGGAUAAAAGCUUUUGUACGAGUAUCUUCCACAUGAUGGGUGAUUGAAUAAAAAUGAAAUGCCCAUUUUUCCAAUGUAAAGUUAUGUUAAAUUGCAAGAAAAAACUCUGC